AGUCAAAAACUAAACUGUCUUAUCCUCGAUAAGUACUGGCAAGCAAAAAAUAUUAAAAAAAAAAAAAAAUAAAUUGUAAACGGCGCGAGUUAUCUCAACUGUCUUUUUUGCCAAAGUUUGAAAACAAUUUGCAUAUUUUUGAAAAAAAAGAAAACGAAGCCACGGAGAAAAUAUAUCCAUAAGUUGUGAUUUAUCUGUUGCAUGUUGCCUUGUUGUUGGUUUUUUGGUGGUCACGACACAACAACCUAAAUACAACGACAACAAGUCGAAGCAGCUGGACUCGGCGCAUAAAACACAUCAAGACCUUUAACAACUCCUGUGGUUCAUCUGAUUUUGUUUUCGCAGCAGCUAGUCCUCUCCCUCCUACCUACCUUGUGAUUGAGCAGAGGAAAAAAGUGAAACUUUUUGCCCAACACCAACAAAAAAAGUCAAUUGUAAAAAAACCGUAAAUUUUAUAAACCGGAAACAUACAAAAUGCAUUUUAACAAACGUGCCAGCAACGAAAGUCUUUUGACCGCCAGCACCUCAUCGUCGUCGGCCACAGAGUUGUCGCCAUCAGCUUUACGGUUGUCUUCUUCUCUGUCAUCAUCGUCAUCAGCGGCAGCAGCAACAACAACAACAUCACCCAGUUCCCCAGCUAUGGCUUCCCAUGCCGGAGUUCGUUUGGGCUUGUGGUGCUUCCUUUUGCUGGCUGUGGUUUUGAUGGCUCAGCAACAACCUUGCGAAGGCCGUUAUUUGCCCACAAGGUCACGAGGUGAUGAUUUGGAUAAAUUGCGUGAGUUAAUGUUGCAGAUUUUGGAGUCCAGCAACGAAGAUCAGCGACCACCAAAUGAGGCAAAUGGCAACACCAUGUCGGCCCAACGUGCUAAUUGGCUCAACAAGUUGAGUGGCGGUGGUGGUAGUCCCUUGGAUGGUUUGGAUGCCCGGAAAUAUGCUCCCCAUGGUGUUUAUGAUAAUGGACGUUACUAUUAGAUUAGUGCAGAUCCCAGAGAAGAAGCUACGGCUCCCAUAAAUAAACAACAACAUAACACCUGUGUGACAACAACAACACCUAUAAACCUCCCAAAUAGCAGACAAAUUAGCAAAAACCUGCGAAAAAAACAGAAACCAAAGAAGCAACCAAAUGCGAAACUGUUAGUGAAAAAAAAAAAACAAUGAUGCAAACUAAGCCACUCAAGUAGCAAAAUCAAAUUAAAAAAAUUAAAUCAAAAACCCACUGUAGCAUUCUUCCCAAGUGUUGUGUAUGAAAUUAUGAAUUUUACAUUACGUCCCGAAAAA